AUUAUUUGCAAAUGUGUAUGGGACCAAAAUGCCCUUGUAUUUAUCCUCCUUAACCUCAUAAGACUCUAAAAUAUAUUUCUUUUCGAGAAAGAUCUCCAAUUGAUAGAAGUUUGAUCAGAAAUAAGUUAACAAAUAUUUCAAAGCCUUUAUUAACGAAAAUAAAAUAUUAGACAAGGCCAUCUUAACAAAUAUAAUAUCAAUUAUUUGCUUUAUUUAACUUAUUAGGUGAAUAAAGUGAUGCUUGGUUUAGAAUAUAGAAAUUAUUAAAUAAUUAUGAUUAAAUAGUAGGUUAUUUAACAUAAUUGAACGUUAAUCAAUUAAGUAAAAAGUAAAUUGAAAAAUGUUAAUAUUGGUUGGAUGAAUUUGAUAAAAUAAAUAAAGAUAACUAAGUUACAGUUUUUGCAGAUGUAGCUAAAGGAAUUUUAAGUAAGAUAGUGGAAGUGGAAUAAGAAAAGCAUUCAAUAUUAAUGGAAGAAUUAAAAGAUGUAUGCAUAAAGAAAUAUAAUGAUGAAUGUGAGGUUGAUGAAGUGGCUAUAUUAUAAGUAACAUAAGAAUCACAGCCAGAUUAACCAAUUGUUUAAAAAUAAAAGGAUUAAAGUUUAGAAUUAGAAACAACUGAAAAAAUUAGAUAAAAUGUUUUAGAUUCACCAAAUAGAUCAACUAAAAAUGAUUAAUCUGAGUAUCAUCCUCAUAAUUCUUCAACAUAUAAUAUUAGAAGAUUUCUUGAAAAUUCAAGUCCUAAAACACCAUUGAAUUUAUCUUUUUGUAAAAGUUAAGAAAAGUCUUUUAGAGAAUCUAUUAUUAGUAAUACUUAAUAAAAAAAAUAAAAAUUAUCUAAUGUACCUUCAGGAGGAGUAUAUAAUGAUAUUGUUUCAUUAAAGAAAGAAUUAGAAUUGAUUUAAAAAGACAUAAGUAGAUUAGAAAUUAAAAAUAAGAAAGAUGAAUUUUUAUUAAAUAGAGAAAGUCAAAGGAAUUAGGUUUAAUUAAAUAAUGAAUUAAUUAAAUAAGAAUUCUCAAACAUUCGUGCUUAAGUAUAUAAACAUUGUUAUUUUAGACCUAAAAUGAUGAAAGUUUUAUAGAAAUUAAAAAAAAAGAAAAAUUAAAGAUAGAGAGAAGUAAUUCUGCAUUUAGAAAAGAAUUAAUAGGUUCUAAAAGUCCAAAAAAUGAAAAAUAUUUAAAGUAUGUGGAAAAGUAUUCUUAGAAAUACAUUCCAAUACUAGAUAGGAUAUAAUAAUAAGAAUAAGAACUAAGAUCAUUUUAAUCCUAAAUUAAAUUAGCAGAAUAGAAAAGGGCUCUUUAAGAAAACAAAUCAAAAAAAUUACUUUGA